CGUCCCUGUAGGUGCUGCUGCUACCAACCCCUGCCCACUCUUCCAGCCGCCACCAUGCUGACUGCCGAGGACAAGAAGCUGAUCCAGCAGGUCUGGGGAAAGGUCGGCGGCGCCGAGGAGGAGAUCGGAGCCGAGACCCUGUGGAGGAUGUUCCAUUCCUAUCCCCCAACCAAGACCUACUUCCCCCACUUCGACCUGUCACAAGGCUCUGAUCAGAUCCGUGGCCAUGGCAAGAAAGUGGUGGCUGCCCUGGGCACUGCCAUCAAGAACCUGGACAACCUCAGCCAGGCUCUGUCUGAGCUCAGCAAUCUGCACGCCUACAACCUGCGUGUGGACCCCGUCAACUUCAAGUUCCUGGCUCAGUGCUUGCAGGUGGUGCUGGCCGUGCGCCUGGGUAAGGAGUACACCCCCGAGGUGCACUCUGCCGUCGACAAGUUCAUGUCGGCCGUGGCCGCCGUGCUGGCUGAGAAGUACAGAUGAGCUGUCAGCCGUGCUCGUGUACCAUCAAUAAAAAAAGACUCCUUUGCUGCA